AUGGCCUUCACCUUGAACGUCCUCCAUCAAUUCCAUAUUCAUCACCUCGAAGCUAAAGAAUCUGCAUAUGACUUCAUUGGAAGUCUGCGUCGACUCACAGAUAAUGUCUUUGCAAGUGAGACUUCAGAUCCAUACCCACAAUUCUUAUCGGUGAUGCGGUUCUGGCGCGUUCUCAUCGCACAGAAGCGCUUAGGCCAGGCACACGGCAUCGAUGAAUGUCUGCCACAUCAACCGAAAGGAAAUCUAAUCGUCUUCUGCCCAUCGUGUCCAGAACCAGGCCUGAACAUGGAGGAGAACUGGCAAGAGAUGCCUGACGAGCUCAAGCACCUUCAUCAGACACAGCUUACUGCGAAUGGGAACUUUCAUGCCAACCGCUACACGAAGAACAGCGGCCCUGAUGAUUACUCGCUCUUUGACGGCCUUGCCUAUUAUCCUUCAGAGGCGGAGUUUCAGGCGUAUUUGAAGACAAUACCCAAAAAGGACCCCAAUGAGAAAAUUGAAUGCUUCACAGUCAAAGCUGCCAGUAAGAAAGAUGAAGAGAACAGCAUCUUGUCGCAGACAGGUGUUAUAAACAUCCAAUGCCCCCACGGAUGUGUGAAGUCUUUUGCCAACACUGAUUACGCGCUCGCGACGGCUCUUCAUCAGACAAAAAAAUUGCAUAAUGCCCAAGAUGCUGAAAAUGUGCUGAAGGGUUGCAAUUUCCUCUUUUCUUACGACAUUUCGUGCACCUACCUCGUGAAUAUUGUCGACCGCUUUGAGAAGAAUUUCCCUGAUCUCGUCCCAGCCGUGAAACAGUUUCACUUUCUCAUACCGCUUGUUCAUGUCCACAACCACAAAGAGAACUGCACUUACAAAUACGCAGCUUCGUACAUCUACAACACCGGACACUUUCAUGGAGAGACAGCAGAACAUGAAUGGGUGGAGCUAAAUCAAUUGGCGGCUCAGAUACGCCAGAUGAACAAUGGCCACUGUCAAGACGCCAUAAUUGACCAUCAUAGCGACUGGAAUUUCAAGAAGCUUGCCAAUGUGUACUUGUACGCACAGAAACGCAACCACUUCGUUGGUUUGACUCUCCUUCAUGCGGACCGUGUUCCAUUAUGGAACAAGGAGGAUCGGACAAAGCGAACGCUAAACAAGAACAAGGAGGUGGAAUGUGUCUAUCAGCACAACCAGACCAAAGUACCAUCUCACGUGAAGAUAUAUGACGUGCUCAUCAAUAUUGAAAAAUCAAAGGAUUCAAAUGGGACGGCCAACUCACCUGGAUGCCGGCUGGUCAGGUGCAUCAACGAGGGCUUAGAAAUUGAGCGACUUCAGAGGACACUUCAUGCUAAGGUUCAAAUCUCACUCAAAACACCGACGGACUUGAUUCUGAAAGAGAUUGAUCUACAGCGAAGGAAGUUACGCCCACAGAUCAACAAGUGGAAGGUUUUUUAUCAAGAAACAACCUGCAUCUCAUAUGACACCCUCUAUGAAGACUUGAGGAGUCAAUCGACAACUUCUGCCACUAUACCCAAUAUUCGCGACCCAACUCUGACCUCGACCACAUUGGCUCAAUCGGCAAAACCGGCUGCAGAGGAUAGACCAGAAUGUGAAACUCUCUGUCUACCAUCCGUGCUCACUGAGGAGCAACGCACAACCCAUAAGCUGCAAGAGUUUGCCUCAUGUGAGAUGAAACUCCGCAAGGGGCGUGCGUUUGACGCCAUCCGUACCACUCAAAUGAUUGUUAAGUUGAUUGUCAGUCUACAGGAUGAUCGUGUCCAGAACGCACGUGGCCACACCAGUGUUACACGUGCAAUUGGCAAGAUUGACGAUGCCAUUUUACAAAGAAAUUUGCAAAUCGAGGAGUACAAUGCCUGCUGCAGCAGAAUGAUCCUUCUGGGCAGCCGCUCAUACGAGUCUCUCUUCCCACUUCUUACUGAGAAGGAUACUAUCUGGAAGAGUACCCACAAGUGUCGUGGUAUUGGCGACUCUCGACAAAUGGAAGGACAAAUUUGGAACACAGGGAUAACUGGAGGUGCUCAAGUGAAGCAACUCACCUCCUUGCAUUCCGCUGUAGGCACAAUGUCCCCUAUGGCAGCCACGGCAGCCGACGUCUCGACGAAAGGCACAAAGGCCAAAGCAAGAAGUGAUGUGAAAGCCAUCAAGGAUAAGAAGGGAACAAAGCGACGGAUUGGAAUAACUGAGGUUACAACUUCUGCCUCUGAUGUGAGAGAUUCUAGUAACGCGAACGAAAAGCAUACACACAUUGGCUGGAUUUGGCAACUUGGAUCCAUCGGCAAGCUGUCAAUGGAAGAUCUACAAGAAUGGUCAGAAGAAGCUGACCGUGUCCAGUUUUUCCGUGCUGAGGCAGAAAUGCAGCGCUGGCUUGAAGAACAUGAAAUCAAGCAAGCACAGUUCAUGCGAUGCAUACGAUCCUUUGCUGGUCUAUCACGUACUUGGGGUGAACUAGCAGUGAAGAACACAGGUAGCCCAGGCCGAGUUGCUUACGCAAAGAAAACGGCUGCCAGAUUUGCAAGGCUAGAGCAUAGGGCUUGGCAACAAUUUGUGAAAGCUGGUUAUCAAGAUUGUCUUAGUGCUAUGGACAAGGGCAUCUCCCUGGCAUCCCUCGUCCAGUGCGACCGAAGCUCACGGCCAUCAUGUAAAAGGACAUCCGCCCUCGCAUGCACGAAGCCUGCCGCCCUGCCGUGUGCCCCUCCCCUUCAACAAGGGAUGUGGGCCAGCCUCUUUGCGUUUCCGCUGACGCCCUUCCCCUCCUCUACUCCCUCACAUGACCCCUCGCCCUCAAAACCCUCACCCUCGCCCAUCCUCGAUGAUCUUGAUGCCCCACAACUCGCUCAUCCGCGCCAUGUACCCCUCCCCUUCAACAAGGGAUUUGGGUCGGCUUCUACUCAAUUCGACACCCCUCAACGCAUCUACCACCCUUCUAAACCCCCGCCCUUGCACAAGUGA